GUCACUCAUGACAGAACCAUUAUGCAGAGUAACUAAUGUCUUCUGACUGAUGCUAUCCUGGAGCACAUUAGUCAUGCAGCACCCAAAGCCUUUAGGUUUGAACAGGCAUUUGGAAGAAGAACAAGGGAACCAUCGCUGCAGUGUGAUUGCCGUUUGGCAUGCUGACACAGGCCUAGUGUUCCCUCUGGUCCUAAAUAACUGUCUGUUCUCUUGAUUAUGUCACAGCCCCCAGUGUCUCCGAGUGGCAGUGUCACUUCUGAUUCAUAAUUUUCGUCAUUCAUUUUGGCAGCAGGAAAAAACAUGGGUUGAAUUGUUUGCCAACAAAAGUAUGUUCACAUUAAGACAGACAAUGACACUGUAAACUCAACGACCUAUCAACAAAGGACUCAACACUGAAACAAACGAGGUCGUGUCAUUCAGGGCCGCUAUAACAGCAGGGUUCUCGGUUUUUCCAAGGCUGGCUCACCUCGGUGCCCUGUCUCUGCGCCCUGAGGGGAGAAGGAUGAGGCAUUGGAUCGAAGUCCAUCGUUUGUACAUUUUUGGAGGGGUUAGUGCCAACCAUUCCACAACAAUCAUCAGCAGAGAGGAGAGGUGCACAAUCAAUUUCAUAGAGAAGAGGAAGAAAAAGGCACAAGUAGAUAAGAAAAAGAGGAAAGAGAAACGGCACGAGGAGUUGCCAGAAGGACGGAGCAUCCCCGCGAAGAGAGGAGACCAGCAGGAGGGCGUGGACCUGACUUGAAGAAAGGAGAAAAAAAUAAAAGGGAAGAGGAAAAGAAAUAAGGAGACAACAAGAGGGACCAAAGACGUACAAGGCCUCCUGGAAAAAAAAAAAAAAACAGCCUCACACUUGCUCUGCACAAGUGUGUGUGUGUGUGUGUGUGUGUGUGUGUGUGUGUGUGUGAAGUGGCCCUCUGUGCAUUUUACUGCACGUGUGUGUGAGCAGGUGGGACUUUGAUGGGACAGUGAGCAAUGCCUCACACACAGCGACAGCAGGUUGGCAGUAGGAGGCGGUGCUCCCCUCACCUCCCACACCUCCUCCUCCUCCUCUUUUCCUUUGCUGCCCAGCCCAGCCGAGCAGCCAUACACAUACCCCCCAACUACCACAUAAGUGAUCUGAAAAGACCUCCAAUGAUCACCACACAGCCGGGGUCUGUUACGGUCUUUAGCGUUGAGGACCUCGUCAUGAGCUGUGAAGCCAGCGGCAACCCUCCACCCAUUUUUCGAUGGACAAAGGAUGGAGAGAAGUUCGACCCGGGCUCUGACCCAGAGCUGAAGAUGACAGAGCGCUCGGGCUCAUCUGCAUUUUACACACUCAGUAACACUAUGGAGACUUUGAAGCAGUACCCAGGCAAAUAUGUCUGCUACGCAUCCAACGAGCUGGGGACCGCUGUCUCUAAUGAGGCCACGCUGGAGAUUGAUGCUCCCCCGACCCAACAGAAAGAGAAAAGGAUUACCGUCAAGUCUGAGGAAGGUUCCAGUAUUGUCCUGAAGUGUAACCCUCCGCAGAGCUCCAUGGAGCCAAUCAUCCACUGGAUGGACUUGGGGCUACACCACAUCCAGCUGAAUGAUCGGGUGGUGGUGGGAAAGGAUGGCAACCUAUACUUUGCCCAUCUAACAUCUGAGGACAACAGGGAUGACUACACCUGCAAUGUCCAGUACCUGGCAACACGCACCAUUCUGGCAAAGGAACCCAUCACUCUGAUUGUCGCCGCCUCUAACUCUGUGCUGCGGAACAGGAGGCCCCACAUGAUGAGACCUACUGGAGCUAAAAGUGAAUACCAUGCUCUCCGGGGCCAGACCCUAGAGCUGGAGUGCAUCGUCCAAGGCCUUCCAACUCCAACAGUGUCAUGGGUGAGGAAGGACGGCGAGCUCUCAGAAUCCCGGACGGUUAAAGAUAUGCAUGACCGUCGGCUGCGCUUCAGUAACAUUUCAGAGAGUGAUGCGGGCGAGUACCAGUGUAUAGCUGAGAACUCCCAAGGGAAGGCCACACACACUUACAUGGUGGCUGUUGAUGCGGCUCCCUUCUGGAUCAAAGAGCCUGUCAGUCAGUUAUAUGCUCCAGGUGAGACUGUCAGACUAGACUGCACGGCGGACGGCAUCCCCUCUCCUCUCAUCAGCUGGACCAUCAAUGGGAUCCCCCUCUCAGACAUCGACAAGGACCCCAGACGUACUCUGACUACAGGUGGAUCUCUAAUCCUAAAGGAUGUCAACUUUGAAGAUACUGCCAUCUACCAGUGUCGGGCCUCCAACAAGCAUGGGACCAUCCUCACCAACACUAACAUCUAUGUCUUUGAGCUGCCUCCUCAGAUCCUAACCGAUAGUGGGAAUACAUACACAUUUACAGAGGACCAGAAAGCUUUACUGGAAUGUGACACCUUUGGCUCCCCUAAACCUAAAGUCAUAUGGGAGAGUGGCAGCACCUCCCCCAUUCUGGCAGAUCCCAGAGUCAACCCGCUUGCCAACGGAGGACUCGAAAUCACAAAUGUCACUCACGACGAUCAGGGCAUCUACAACUGCUUCGUACAAAACACUAACUUGUCCAUCAGUGCCGUGCUGGAAGUGCUCAACAGGACAGUGAUCAUCACACCUCCACAGGAUCUUAAAGUGCAACCUGGAAACACAGCAAUCUUCACUUGUGUGGGCCUUGUUGACCAAAAACUGGACCCACCAUUAAUUCAGUGGAGAAAGGACGAAAAGAAGCUCUUUCAGUCCCACAGUGAUGAAAAAUACACAUUUGAAGGACCAGACCUGAUAAUAGCUGAUGUGAGACCAGAUGAUGAGGCAGUUUACACCUGUCAGGUCAUCACUAAACUGGACAUGGCUGAAGCCAGCAGCACCCUCACUUUGUGUGAUCGCCCGGACCCUCCUAGCCUCCUCCAGAUCACUGAUUCAAAACAUCGAGCAGUGACCCUCAGCUGGACACCAGGAGAUGACCACAACAGCCCUGUGCUAGAGUAUGUGGUAGAGUAUGAGGACCAAAGGUCUAUGGACAAGGGUUGGAAGGAGCUCAAGAAAGUAAGUGCACACAAGGAGCGUGCCAGUCUUGCUCUAUGGCCCUACAUGUCCUACCGUUUUAGGGUCAUCGCCAUCAAUGAUGUGGGCAAGAGCAGCCCUAGCAAGCCAUCUGAAAUCCACAACACAGUUGCUGAAGCUCCGGACAGUAACCCUGAAGAUGUCAGGAGUGAGUCCACAGACCCUGGCACUCUGGUCAUCUCCUGGGAGGAAAUUGACAAACAGAACUUCAAUGGACCUGACUUCAAGUACCGGGUACUGUGGAGGCGGGUGGUGGGCAGCGGGCCGACCUGGCAUACCAAUUACACAACUGCACAACCAUUUACAGUCAACGACAGUGGCAACUUCUCCGCCUUUGAGAUCAAAGUACAGGCUGUCAAUGAAAUAGGGCACGGACCUGAGCCUGACCCCGUUAUUGGCUACUCAGGAGAGGAUGUUCCACUGGAGGCUCCAAUAGAUGUGGGUGUUGCACUUCUGAACAGCUCAGCCAUCAGAGUGGCUUGGGCAGCAGUAGACCGAGAGACGGUCAGAGGACACCUGCUGGGGUACAAGAUCUACUUGACCAGAAUCGGCUCAGGAGGCCACCACCGGGGCCGGAGGGCUCGGGAGCCAGAGAGCACCAUGAUGGUAGAGACCGUGGCCAACGAGGAGAAGAAGGUGAUCGGUAAUCUCAGACCAUACUCCCACUAUUCCCUGGUGGUCACUGCAUUCAACAGCAAAGGCGAGGGACCCCCUUCUGAGAUGCUGACCUUCACGACUCCUCAAGGAGUCCCUGGUCCUCCAGAAUCCUUCGUGUUGGAGAGUCCAUCAGAAACAGAGAUGACCCUUCACUGGACGCCUCCUGAACAACCAAACGGAGUCCUCAUUGGAUAUCUUCUGCAGUACCAGCAGAUUGUGGAGAGUGAUGACAGCCCCAUGCAGGUAGAGACAAUAGAUGACGACAAAGUCGACCACCUCACUCUGAAAGGUCUGGACCGCCACAGUCACUACCGUUUCUACCUGAGGGGGCGCACCAAUGCAGGGGACGGGAUGCCCAUCAUGAGAGAGGGCGCCACUACGCUGGAUGGAGCUCCUCCUGCAAACUUCAGCCUGUCUGAGGGGGAAACCUCGGUUAACCUCAGCUGGGUGGCCAAGAAGAGACACAGGAACGUUAGCUUCCAGAUCAAAUACCUCAAAAAGAAUGAUGGCACCAGUUGGAAGAUGUCAGAAAGGGUGAACUCCUCGCAGUCUUUCUACCAGCUCCAGGGCCUCACUCCUGGCUCUCAUUAUCGUCUCCACUUCAUGUACAACAACAAGUCUUUCUGGGAGACUGACAUCAACACAAAAGGAACAGCUGCAACGGAGAUGCUGCAGAGCUUUGCCACACAGGGCUGGUUUAUUGGUCUUGUGAGCGCCAUCGUGCUUUUGCUGCUGAUACUGCUCAUCCUCUGCUUCAUCAAGAGGAGUAAAGGGGGGAAGUAUUCAGUGAAAGAUAAAGAAGAGGGUCCGAUGGACUCGGAAGCACGACCAAUGAAGGAUGAGACUUUUGGAGAGUACAGAUCCCUGGAGAGUGAUCUCGAGGAGAAGCACACUGCAAGCCAGCCAUCCCUGUGCGAGGAGAGCAAGCUGUGCAGCGAAGACAACCUGGACUUCAACGGCAGCAGCGCCAUCACCAUGGAGCUCAAUAUGGACGAGUCUCUGGUCAGCCAGUUCAGCCGCCCCAGCGAAGGUCCCGAGACGCUCCACGGCCUGCCUGACAACUCCCCGCUCAACCCCACCUCUGCUCCUCCAGCAACCAACGGCAUGCCCAACUCAGUCACCAUCCUGGAUUAACCUCCCCUCAGAUGGGGGCCAUCAGACCAAAACAUGUCAACACAUACGUGCCCGUACGCUCCUGUCCCCUGCUGACCUGCUGAUCUGUAGUUUACGACUGAUACACAAUCAAUACGUUGACUUUUCAGAUGCACUUGGCCGUCAUCUGAUAGACUGGACUAUUUUGACCAAAGGAGUGUCCAAAGUAGUGGACAAUGUGAUACAAGUCUGACUGACCUGAAAUGCCCUUCGACCCCCCUCCCUUGACGUCCUUUAUCUGUGGUUUACAACAUAUCUUAAUGACUAACAUUCAUUCCCCUCCUUUUCUUCUCUUGUUUUUCUCUUCAAACAGACAGCUCUAUAGAAAGAUAAAGACAGAAUGUUGUACAGGUAGAAAUAUCACAGGGAUUGUAGGUGUGGUCCUAUAGAGAUGCUGAGUAGUGAAUUCAGAGAGGAUGAUGAUGAUGAUGGUAGAGUGGAGAAUCAGACAGCACAUGCUGCUGUGAAAAGUCUUGAAUCUUAGACAUCUAUCAUGCCUUAUAUCAUUUCGAACUAUUUUGUACGUCUAAUGCCAUUUGAUGUCUUGGAUUGUGUGCGUCUGUGAAUUUUUCAAUUUUUUUUACAACUGUUUUUGGAUAUGAAACAUCCUUUUGUUAGCUUUUUAUUUAUAUCAUCAGCUUUCAUAUUUUUUCUACUACAUGUGUUUAAAUAAUCACUCCUCUUUAGUGACAUACUACAUAAUCAUGUUUUUUUAAUUGAAACUAAGUAAAGCCAAGUUUCUAACUAUAAAUAACAUUGGAUGCAUACGGGGAACUUGCUGUGAAAAUGCUAAGUAGCAUCUGGUGUAUAUAGCUGCAUCUACAUCUAUCUAUUUAGCCAUAAUACAGUAUUAUAGAUAUGUACAUGCUCCUUCUAAGUUCCUGUGCCUGCUGGGUCUGUAUAGAGCACCAGAUUGAUGUCAUUACUCUCUCGCCUUCCCACCAGAAGUGUAAUGUCAUGAUUGGAAAUGAUAUUGUAAUUUUUUGUGUCAAGACCUAUGUGUAGCUUUCUGUAUCUGUCUUUGUCUCUUUCUACACUGUAUUAAAACACUGUUGUCUCUAAUUAACAACUUUUUCAUACCUGUCCAUCUCAUACUACACAAGCUGAGGAGCAGUAUUUAUGUAUAUUAACAGAUCAGAGGGAGGAGUCUUCUCCCAACUUUUAUUUUUCAGACCUUCAUCAAUGCAAGUGGAUUUUGCAGACAGGUUUAAUGAAUGCCAGUUGAUGUUUAAUAAAGGCACGCAGUUGGUAUCUACAUCAAA